UCAGACGCCUUGUUGUCCUCGCAAGGACCCCUCUCAGUCAGGAUCCCAACAUGGCGGCGUCCGUCAGGUUGUGCUGUGCCCUCCGCAUCACAGUCAGAGGUGCAGCACCACUGCGCACUGUAGGGGGAGCAGUUCAGGCGUCCCAGUGGACCAGUCGAGCCUCUGCUACCUCUCUCCAAAGAAACCCAGCACUUCCGCUGGUCCCUGCAACAGCAUGGCAGCAAACCAGACAUGGCAGCUUCUUCAACAAGUUGACAGCUGAGGAGUUAUGGAAAGGAGUGUUGGCGGAGUCGGGGGCCGGAGCCAGGAAGGGCAGAGGGAAGAGAACCAAACGCAAACUGAGGAGAGACCUGAACCGAGGACAGAACAUCGGAGAAGGUCGUGGUGGUUUUCUGUGGCCUGGUCUGAACACUCCAGUGCUAAAGGACGGGACUCUGCAGACCAUGAGUCGGAGAGGCGAAGGCGAGCAGCAGGAGGUGCAAGCUGAACUAGUGCGUCAGAGGGACGAAUGGGAGAGGAGGAGGAAGAUGAAGGUGAAGAGGGAGAGAGGAUGGACGGGAAACUCCUGGGGGGGCAUCAGCUUGGGCCCCCCUGAUCCUGGACCCAACGGAGAAACCUAUGAAGACUUUGAUUCACGUGUCAUUGAGGUAAAGAGUGUGUUCAACAUGACGGCCAAGGAGGGCAGGAAGAGGUCCAUCAGCUGCCUGGUUGCUGUGGGAAACGGCAACGGAGCUGCAGGUUUUGCGUUGGGUAAGGCAGCGGACAGACAAACAGCUCUGAGGAAGGCCAAGAACAGAGCCAUCCACUACUUGUACUACAUAGAAAGAUACAACAACCACACCAUUUAUCAUGACAUUGACUCCAAGUUCAAAAGAUCAAAUCUUCGCAUGAAGAAACAAAACAAAGGUUACGGUCUACGCUGCCACCGGGCCGUCAUCACUCUGUGCAAGCUGAUCGGCAUACAAGACAUGUACUGCAAAGUAGAAGGAUCCGUCAAUCUCCUCAACAUCACCAGGGCUCUCUUCACUGGAUUAGCCAAUCAGGAAACCCAUCAGACGCUGUCAGACAAGAAGCAGCUCCAUGUUGUUGAGUUCCAGUCGGAGCGCGGCCCGCUGCCCAUAGUGGUGGGGAGUCCCAAAGACGGCGUGCGACCCGACCCAGAGCCCGAGGACGAGAUCCCCAACACCCGGCUGAACUGGGACGACGUACGAGCCGCACAAGGAACCAAGCGCUCCAUCUGGGCAGGUGUUAAACGUACCAUCUGGUAGUGCCGGAGAGGACAGAUGACUGGGUCGGACCACAGAACAGAUGUUUGGACUUUUAACUAAGAAAAGCUGAAAAUGUGCGUGGAACCAGAUGCAUAUGUGAAGAGCUUGUUUUUGUGAAGCAGAAUAUCAGCUUUUGUUAAUAAUCUCUAAAUCUUAAAAAUCCAGUUUUUGAAUGUGUGAUUGUUUUGUCAACCAAGAGCUAAAGUUACAUGUUUGUCAAACAGAAGAUAUCUCAUUUGAACUGAAGAUAUCACCAUUCUGCAGAUACACCCAUUAACAACCGAUGUUGACGCUCACACUUUAGAUAUCAAUGUUUACCUUAUAUCUGUCAGAAAAAAAUCUACUUCUUCUUCCAUGUGGAAUUGUCGCACAAUGUACACCAUUGAAAUAAAGUAUAAAACUGUAAAAAUCA